AUGGAAACCCAAAAGGAGAACAGUAAAAAGCGGAAGCAAGUUUUCCCAUACGGAAACUACAAGAGUUACUAUGGCUAUCGAAUUGAUCAAGGUGUGGAUGAAGAUCCUCGAUUGAAAGUGUUGAAAAAGGAAUGGUUUGAAGGGAAGGAGUGUCUUGAUAUUGGCUGCAACAACGGGAUAAUCACUAUACAGAUUGCGCGGAAGUUUUGCUGCCGAAGCAUUCUUGGAAUUGACAUUGAUUCUGAUCGAGUUGAGGAUGCAUAUUGGAAUCUCAGAAAAACUGUUAGACUAAAAUCUACUGGGAAUAAACCUGUGAAAGCCUCCAAACUUCAGGACAAGGAACAUGCUGAUGAUUCAGGGAGCAGUGUCACUGUCUUGUCUAAUGUUGAAGCAAAAGAGAAGAUUUCAAAGGAACAUUCUUCUUCAGAGCAAAUUGAUCUGUUUAGUAUAGUUUCAUUUAAACGAGAAAAUUUUGUUCAGAGUCGACACCCACCAGGAAAGAACUAUGAUACAAUUCUUUGUUUGAGUGUAACAAAGUGGAUACAUCUAAAUUGGGGGGAUGACGGCUUAAUUACUUUAUUUGCAGAGAUUUGGAAACUGCUCCGACCUGGUGGCAUUUUUGUGGUGGAACCUCAACCAUGGAAGUCAUAUGAAAGCAAUCGUAAUGUCUCGGAGACCACUACUGCUAACUACCGUAACAUUACCAUUCGUCCAGAACAGUUUCAGGAAAUAUUGUUAGAUAAGAUAGGAUUUCGAACAGUAGAAGACGUCACUUCUGGUUUGGCAAAUAGCAAGACUGGUUUCAAUAGACCAAUUUUGGUUUUUCGCAAAUGA